ACAUUCGCUUGCACCCAUUUCAUCUUACUUACAAGAGUGAGUUACCCUAUCCAGAGUCAAAACAUCGAACAAAGAAUUCAUCGAAUAAAACAAUAGUUGUUCAGUUUGGUUGACGGCUCAGUUGUGUACAAAUAUUCUUAAAUUGUGUGUUGCAUGUCGAGUUCGAAUAAUUUGGUAAUAAAAUGGACCUCACCACCACAAAUUACAAACCCCCCGAAGACGAAAUCAUCUACGGCCAAAACUCCCUCCAACCAGCCCCCGUUCCGUCACUGCAGGAGUUCUUGGGCCAAACGUACCGCAUCUUGUACGGGGACGAGUACCAUCCGAACUACGACCGUCAGCUGCGCAAGUUUGUGACGCACCUGGUGGAAGUGCCGCCGGACACCGAGCAGGACGACGGUGACGAGCUGGAGGAUGAGUUCCAGCUGACGAUCGACGAGGACAACCGGGUUGAGCUGGUGAUUGAUGUGAAGGUUUUGUUUGGAGGAGAAAUUGCGGAAGAAAUGAAUGCGAAAGAUCGAGCCGAGCUGGAAACGUCCAGUUUGAUACAGCAAAUUCAUGUUAUUUUGUAUGAAAGUGAGAAGAAAGGUGAAAUUGAGGAAGAUGCUCGUGAAGAAUGAAAAUUGUAAUUUAUGUUUAUUUAUUGUGUGUAGUUAACUGUUUAUUUUGCUGAGCAAAUUUGUAUUGUGAUUUUAUGAUUUUGUAACGAAUAAAUAAUUAAAAA